AUGGGAAACUAUAAAUCCAGACCAUUAACUUCCUGUUCAGACGAACUCAAAAAGAAAAUCUCCGAGGGUUACUCAGUGGUCAGAAGUCGUCUCAGUGAUGACGUCAGAUCCAGAUCAAAUUUGGGAUGGAUAGAUGUACAAAUCGCGGCCUUUGAAAAAUCGCUAGAAGAAUUCCAACAACUUGUCAACACUGAAAACGCCGACUCAAAAUCCGCCCAACAUCUGAAUUUAUAUCACAUCAUUUGUGCUGGUCACGCCGAUUCUCAACCUGAAAAACUGCUACACCUUAUCCAACUCCUACCAACGGACUCCUCGAAAUUCUUGAUAUCCUCCCAAUCGGCAAAUGGUUUUACCCCUUUACACAUUGCUAUCUAUCGAGGGGAUCCAGCGAUUCUGAAAGCGUUAAUAUCAUCAGAAUUAGUAGAUUUAGAUCAAUCAGGACGUCAUCUGUUGCCCCCACUUCAUUUGGCUGCCAUGAUUGGUGAUUCAGAAAUGUUGACGGUGCUGUUGGCGGCUGGAGCAAAUAUUCAUGUUGUUGAUUUUGUACAUUUCACUGCUCUUCAUUGUGCAACCUAUUUUGGUCAGGAAAGUGCCGUUCGAACUCUUUUAGCGGCUAAUGCCAAUGCAAAUCUCGGCGGAGCAGUUAAUGAUAGACCAAUCCAUCUGGCAGCUGCUAAAGGAUUAUCAGUUAUCACAAAAUUAAUGUUAGAAGCUCAAGCGGAUCCUCUGCUAGCUGACGACGAAGGUAAUCAAGCUCUGCAUUACGCUGCUAAAUCUGGAAGCCUUACUAUUCUAUCAAUGCUAAUCAGACAUGUAAAAGGGAUCAACGAUCGAAUAUGUUCUAGGAAUCUUUACGGAGACACUGCACUUCAUUUAUCAUGUUACAAUGGACGUUUGGAUAUUGUGAAAGCUAUUUUAGAAUGCUCCCCAACUAACAUUGUGAAUAUGGAGAAUGUUUUUUCGGAGACCCCAUUACAUGCAGCAUGUACCGGAGGUAAAUCAUUGGAGCUUGUUUCCUUCCUAAUGAAGUAUCCCGGAGUAGACCCCAACUAUCAAGGACAGGAUGGACAUACUGCUUUGCAUUCUGCUUGCUAUCAUGGGCACUUGAGAAUAGUACAAUAUCUUUUGGAAAAUGGAGCAGAUCAGUCAUUAGCUUCAAGAGCAUAUGAAGGAGGAUCAUUGAGGCAACAGGCGGGGACAGGAUCCACGCGUCCUUCCAAAGUGGCUUCUGCCAUAAUGGCUCUCAAUCGAAGUGACACCCCAUCAUCAAACGCUUCCUAUAAUUCUACAGUAUCCCUAGACGAUCAACAAACACCGGUUAUCUGGGCAUACGAAAGAGGCCAUGAUGCAAUUGUAGCCCUUCUCAAACACUACGCAUCCAGGACUGUUGAAGGAGACGUGUGCAGUGAAUACAGCUCGGGGGAGUCUUCAUACACUCCUCUACCAAGUCCUAUGGGUCGUUUGACAAGUCUAACUAGAGAUAAGGCAGAACUACUGCAACUGAGAUCUGCCCUACCUGCACCGUUUCAUUUGUGUUUGGCUGAAAUAGAGUUCCAGGAAUCUAUCGGAAGUGGGUCGUUCGGAAAAGUUUACAAAGGAACCUAUCGUGGAAAGCUGGUGGCCGUGAAGCGCUAUAGAGCAAUGGCGUUCGGUUGUAAAUCUGAAACCGAUAUGUUGUGUCGUGAAGUUUCGAUCCUUUCCAGAUUAGCGCAUCCUAAUGUGAUAGCGUUUGUAGGCACAUCGUUGGAUGACCCAAGUCAAUUUGCAAUUAUUACCGAAUUUGUGGAAAAUGGAUCCCUCUUCCGACUUCUGCAUGAGGAAAAGCGAGUCUUGGACCCAGCUUUCCGACUGCGGAUAUCACUUGAUGUAGCUCGAGGAAUGCGAUACCUACACGAAAGUGCAGCAAAACCAGUUAUUCAUAGAGAUCUCAACAGUCAUAAUAUUCUAAUUCACUCUAAUGGGAGGAGCGUAGUUGCAGAUUUUGGAGAGAGUCGGUUUGUUUGUCAGCGUGAGGACGAGAAUUUGACCAAGCAACCAGGGAAUCUCCGAUGGAUGGCUCCUGAAGUUUUUUCACAGUCGGGAAAGUACGACAGGAAAGUGGAUGUAUUCAGUUUUGCUUUGGUACUUUGGGAAAUUCACACAGCAGAACUCCCAUUUUCCCAUCUGAAACCUGCGGCUGCAGCUGCCGAGAUGACCUACAAACGGGGGAGACCUACGUUACCCAAUCAGCCGACAGUUCAAUUCCCAGCACAUAUUUUAAGCUUGAUCCCUCAAGCGUGGCAUCCCGAAUAUCAAAUGAGACCUGAUUUUGUAGAGAUCGUUCCCUUACUAGAACCUCAUGUAGAAUCGACACAUACGGAUAUGAAUGCCCCAUCUACCGUAUCCCAAUUAAAAUCACAAUGGGAGCAAUUGAGUGUGGCUCCUCCCCCUACUUCCAAAUUCCCACCAAUUUUGUCAGCGUUACACGGAAUCGCAGCGACUGGUACUGUAGAAGAAUUGAGACAACGGAUUGAUAAUAAUGGUUAUGUUAUUAAUAAAUGA